GCUGGCCCUUGAGCGGGGGUGUCGGAGACAGGCGUCCAGCCCAGGCCGAGUGGACGGGGCGUCCUUUGGGGUGAGCAGCCCGCUGACCGCCAGUGGCACCUGCGUCACCGUGACGGAGCUGCCGGGGCCCCGGCCACCUGGACCCACUUCGUCUCAUGGAGCCUCGGGGUGAGAAGUCGGGAGAGGCCGACGGGGUGCGUGUCACCCCUCAGCUGCUCAAGGCGCGCUCAGGUGAGUUCGCCCUGGAGUCCAUCCUGCUGCUGAAGCUGCAGGGCCUGGGGCUGGUGGACCUGGGCUGCCUGGGGGAGUGCUUGGGCCUCGAGUGGCUGGACCUUUCGGGCAACGCGCUCACCCAGCUGGGCCCGCUGGCCUCCCUGCGCCAGCUGGCCGUGCUCAACGUGGCCAACAACCGGCUGACGGGGCUCGAGCCCCUGGCCACCUGUGAGAACCUGCAGAGUCUCAACGCCGCGGGCAACCUGCUGGCUGGCCCCAGGCAGCUGCAGUGUCUGGCGGCGCUGCCGGGCCUGGAGCGCCUGCGGCUCCGCGACCCCUCGGCCCGGCUCAGCAACCCGCUGUGCGCCAGCCCCUCCUACUGGGCCUCGGUCCGAGAGCUGCUGCCCGGCCUGAAGGUCAUCGACGGCGAGCGCGUGAGCGGGCGCGGCAGUGACUUCUACCAGCUGUGCCGGGACCUGGACAGUUCCUUGCGCCCCGGCUCCAGCUCCGGCCCGCGAGCCGUGGAGGCCCAGCCCUGGGUGGAGCCUGGCUACUGGGAGUCCUGGCCCACGCGCAGCAGCUCCAUCCUGGAGGAGGCCUGUCGCCAGUUCCAGGACACGCUGCAGGAGUGCCACGACCUGGACCGCCAAGCCAGGGACAGUCUGGCCCAGGCCGAGCAGGCGCUCAGCCCUGCCCACGCCACCUCCUUUGUCUUUUGAAUGCGCCCUGUGGCCGUGCCCCUUGGGGUUGGUACGCUGUGGCCUCCCUGCUUUUCUUCAUGGUUUCAUCAUGCUGGCCACUGGCCCUGCACACGGGCGUCUUAUGGGCCCCCUCGCCUAAGAGCAGCCCCUCUCCCUCUCACACCUCCCUCAGGGAAAAUUCCCCACCCAUCCAUCAGGGACACAGCUCCCUUGGACCCUCCUCAGGCAGCUGGCACCGUGUGAGGCUGUUCUGCACCUACGCUGUGCUCCUGGGAGGAGGCCUGGUCUCCUCUUGUCCAUAACUGCUGCCACUCCUGGCUGCCUGAGCCUGAGGCUUAGUGGAAUAAAGUUGCUUGGUCCUAAGGCUAAAGGUGAGAGGCAAGGACGGCGAGCCUCCUGCCCAGCCCGUCCUGGGAGAGGACGCGGCAGAGCUCGGAGCGUGGAAGCUGCAUUUUCCAGGUUGGCCUGUGCAAGUGACCCUGUGCUAUGCCCCCCAGUCCCGGGUCUCCCUGAAGCCUCCACUGCCAUGCCCACCCGUGCCAAUCCCCAUUAAAUACUCGUGUUUUAAUUUGCA